AUGCAUUCUCCGUCCACUCAACUUCUUCGAGUGAUGAGGGCCUCCAUUUCCUCGUCGGGGAGAGCGAUUUCGCGGCACGCGCCGUUCCGUCAAUGCCCCAUCUCCCAAAAUGCCACCGCUCGCUUUUCUCGCACGAUAACCUCUACGGCGGCGACGCAUUCCUCGAAAAAUAACAACGGUGAGACGAAACCGUUUCGGCUGCCGCCCCCACCGCCAUACGGCCGUUCAGAGUUCACUACCGCGGAUUUGAAGCCAAAGUCCCGCUAUCGUGGACCUCCACCGCCCGAAGACCCGCGGACUGACACUGGCACGCGUACGGAUCUUGGUGCACUGGACGUUUUGUCGAAUGUUGCAACGCCGUCUACAGCGAUUGAUGCUUGCCUAAAAGACGGAUUUCAUUUGAACAAUGGCGUCAAAAUCACCGGUGGAAGUGGCUGUUUGUUGGUUGACGGCGAGGCGUUUACGUGGAGGCCGUGGGACGCAGCCGGAUAUGGCGCAAAGGCAAUGAUGGUGAACAAGCAUGGCCAAUGGGAGGUUCCAGAGGAAGCUUGGGGUGUUCUGAGCUUGGUGUGGCCGAAACCGGGUAAGUCGAAUACCGUCAUGUCAAAGUGUGCUUGCGGGUGA